UGAUUACAGGAAGCGUCCUCCCAUCAGCUGAGUGGAGCUGUCACGGGUCAGCUGACUGCCGUCACAGUGGCAAGAGACUGACCGCUCACUUUCUCCACAAAAAAGGCGACAAACCAGGAAUGUGAGUCAGGAGUUUGGUGUGGUUUUACAGGCGGUAAACGCUGGAGUAUAGGUCAGUCCAUCUGUUGUCUGUGAUCACCAUUGAAGAUGCCUCUUAUACCAGUUGUGCCAGACAAGCACAGUCACGUACUGGCGGAGUUUGAUUGCCUGGAUCCACUCCUCUCCGCCCUACGUUUGGACUCUGGCAGGCUCAAGUGUACCUGUUUGGCAGUGUCAAGGAAGUGGCUCGCAUUAGGAACAUCAGCUGGAGGGUUACACCUGAUUCAGAGGGAAGGCUGGAAACAAAGGCUCAUCCUCACUCACAAGGAAGGGUCUAUCAUUCAGGUGGCGUGUUGCCCUCAUGAUGAAGACUUCAUCGCAGUUGCAACAAGUCAGGGUCUAGUGGUGGUGUGGGAACUGCAGCUGGAGCGGCGUGGUCGUCCAGAAAGAGUCGGUGUGUCGUGGGAGCACAAAGGCCACAACAUCACCACUCUGUGCUGGGAUACCAGCACACUCAAAGUCUUUGUUGGGGAUUCUGCGGGCAAAGUGUCUUUUCUUCGAACAGGAUCCUCUAAACUGGGCAAGGGGUCAGCAUUUGUUAUCUUUCCUGUCCAGACUGUCACCACUGUUGACUCUAAAGUGGUUCAACUUGGGUAUCAAGAUGGCCGUUUGCUUGUGUCUUCCCUGAGUCGCUGCUACCUCUGUGACACAGAGAGGGAGAAGUUUUGGCGUGUUGGAAACAAAGAGCGGGAUGGAGAAUAUGGAGCCUGUUUUUUUCCUCAGAACAAGGGACUAUUAGUAGGUCAGCCCCCGCUGCUGUACUGUGCCCGGCCAGGAUCUCGCAUAUGGGAAGCAAAUUUUAAUGGUGAAGUUCUGAGCACCCACCAGUUCAAGCAGCUUCUGGCAUGUCCUCCUCUACCUCUGAUCACUUACAGAAAUGAGCCAAACUACAAUUCGCUGCAGAGGGGUUCACAGUCAGUCGCCUUCCCUAAACUGCUUUAUUUUGGAGACCAAAACCUGCUGAGCUGGACUGAUUCAGCCAUUUAUAUCUUCACACCUCAGAAUGGACAAGUACUGCUGUGGACUGAUGUUAAAGAUUUGGCCGAUGUUGCAGUCUACCGCAAUGAGCUCUUCUGUCUCCAUGGCAGCGGCCGUCUGUCCCACUUCUCCUUGUUGUCUGCAGAGCGCUGUGUUGAGCGUUUGCUGCGUAGAGAGUCCUGGACUCUAGCUGCUACCAUCUGCUGUAUGUUCCAGCAUGCAAUCACCACAAGCAGAGCCAGGAAGUCCAUUCCCAUCGACCGCCUCGAACACCUGAAGUGUCAGCUCAAUUCCACUACCCAUCCUGAACUGAUCGGCCAACUGGAGGAAGUCAUCACAAAGCUGGAGCCUUUGGACUCCGCCUCCAGCAGUCGUAGAAGCAGCAUCUCCUCACAUGAGAGUUUCAACGUGCUGGACUGUGGAAUCUAUCGUGUGAUCAGCCGCAGAGGGAGCCAGUCGGAUGAGGAGACGAGCUCCCUCAUCAAUCAGUCCAUGUCAGAGGAGGAGCGACUCAAAGACUUCAGUUUUGUUCAGGAGGAAGAUCAAGUGGAUCAUGAUUCACAGAGCAGUGACCGCAUGGAGGCUGAUCGGUCUGAGCAAGGCCUGCAGUUUCACCUCCCUCUAUCAUUCCGCCCCAAACCUCCCCGCAUCGCACUGCAGGCUGUCAAAGACAGUGUUUCUAGUUUUGUCAAGAAGACAACUGAGAAGAUCAACACCCUCCAGAUGAACUCUGAGCUCUGGCAACGGCCUGAAUUCAGAGAGAGUGGGCAGACUGAAACAUUAGCAACCACUUGUCCUUACUCGGAGGACAUGGAGAAUGAAGUUUACGAUGAAAUGUCCAACACAGAGGCCGACAUGCAGGAACUUCGGUCAGCAACAGAGCGAGCUGUUUCACAGAUACAAGAUCCUUUGGUGCUACUGGAUCCAAGCUGCCUGGGAGAAGCUCUGCUGGAGUGGCUGCCAGUGCUGGAGCGCAUACUUGGACCAGCAGAUCUCGGGUCAGCUGCUGCAAGUGAUUCAAACCUGGAUGGCUCAGGAGAAGAAAAAUGGGAGAAGGAUUAUCUAAACACGUGCUCAGAGCAACAAGGAGAACCCACAGAGGUUGUUACAGAGGAGCGAAAAGAAUCUCCUGAACUUGGAGAAGAGGAGGCCCCAUGUGACAACCAGGAGAGAUUAGACUCUGUGGAGAAUGUUACCACAUGUGGGAACCCUCCAGAGCCCAUCAGAGUGGUGUCACCAAAAGCUGUACCAUCAGAUCUACUAGCUAACCUCACUGAACUGGCCACACUCUACACAGAGCUGAGCUGCUUUAGAAACCAGAAUGAAGCACUGGGAUGCACAACUUUCCUACGUCGCUUCUUCUUUCUGCUGGACCAAGAGCGUGUGAGAAGAAUGUGUCUGCUGUGUUAUCAGGAGCAGCCCGAGAUGAAGAGCUCCUUUGUUGAGGCCAUGCUAGAGCUCACUCAGUCCAGUAAGGUGGUGGAGGUUAUUCAGAAAGGGGAUUUGCUGAAAUCUCUGCGAAGUCUGAGAGAGCUGCAGUCCUGGGGUGCACCUCCUCUUCUCGCUCACUUGCACAGGCUGUAUGACAAGCACGGGGAGGCGGCUGUGCGCUCAUUUUCCCAGUUCUAUCCUAUGAUAACUCCUGCCGAUGUAAUGACAAUGGCUCAGCAAAGCCACUUCCUGGCUUAUUUGGAUAAUCUGGUCCAGUCGCGAGCUGAGGAGCACAGGUUGUCAUUUUUGCAGUCCCUUCUUGAACCAGAAUCACUGAAACAGGAUUGGCUGGAGCUGGCACUUACCCAUGAUGCACCUCAACACUGCGAUACUCUGACUCCUGAUGGACAGCCCAGGUGGCAUUCGCAUUGUUUCAGUUGGGGUUAUGGACGUCUUCUCUCUCUGCUGAUUCGUCUUCCAGCAGAUUUCUCCUCUAAGCAAAAGAUGGCCGAAACCUGCCACAGUCACGGGUACUGGAUGGGUUAUCUCCACCUUUGCAGCGAGCUGCAGCGUCGCACAGAAGCAUUCUCCACCAUCUGUCAGCUUGAUGACAUCAGUCUGUUGGAAGAACCUGAUGGCGUUCAGCCCCAGACCUUGGAUGAGUGGAAGCUCCUGAUCCAGCUGUCUCAGCAGUACUGCAGAGGUGGAGACUCACAGCAAGUUACAGAUGUGAAUGGGAGCAGCUGGUCCAACGGUUCAGCAGACUGUGAAGGAAAAAUCAGCCCAGAGAGUCUUACCCUCAUGCUGGCUCGCACAGUCGGGCCUGACCAGGCCUUAGUAGUGCUGGAGGAAUGUGGCGUGCAGCUGGUCCUUUCAGCCCACUCCAAACUGGUGUGUGAGCUGCUGAGAGUGGCUGAGAAGAGACAGAGGGCGAUGAUCCAGACGAUGCUCGAGCGCUGUGAUCGCUUCCUCUGGUCUCAGCACGCCUAACUUCAAAUCUGAGCAGCGAUCAUUAUUAUAACACUUACUGUAAGUCUUCCCACCAACUGCAGUUCAAGCUGUGACUUAAUUUAUACACUGUGAUGUUAACCAAAGCCCAAAUAUUAAAGUAUACGUAUUUAUCCUUCAGUGAGAACAGUAUUAUCUGUAUGACUUGUCUUCAUUUUGUUGACUUUAAGCCUUUCCAUAUUCAGGUGUAGGUCCAAAUGGCUGGUGUUUAUUGUUGUUGUUAGAUUAAUGUUUUGUGCAUGCUCAAGCAAUCGGAUAUCUCAUGUCAUAUAUCUUUGUGAUUACAGGCCAAAUAAUAUGUAGAUGUUCCUGCUUUGACAAACUUGCAAUAAUUACAAUUUUUAAUGUUUUAACCAGGUUGCAUCAUAUUAAUAAAAGCUGUUUUUGUGAAA